AUGGUCUGGAAGAAAGUGAUGGCAAUUGAAGAAUGGCCAACACCCAAGGGGGUGACCAAGCUAAGGUCAUUCUUAGAGCUCGCCAACUACUAUCGCAAAUUCAUCUAG